AUGUCUCCCGAGGAUUUUGCAACUACAGCUUACAUGUUCCUGGUCUCAGCUGUGGGUUCGGCGGGAAAUGUACUCGUCAUUUUAGCCAUUGUGCACAAGCGAAGGCUGAGGACGAUUCCGAAUUACUUCCUCUUCAAUUUGGCCGUUUGUGACUUACUCAACUGCUCUUUGGCGAUUCCACUGCGUCUUGUGGAAGGCUUUCAACCUGGCUCGAUUCCUUGUAGUGUAGUGAUAGCCUUAACUGUACUUUUCGACGGUUUGUCACGAUUGAACAUAAUAUUUAUUAGCAUUGACAGAUUCAUAGCGAUUAAGUAUCCUCUCGGGUAUAGCUUGUUUAUGACACACAAAAAUGCAACUGCUUUAAUAACAAGUGGAUGGCUAAUCAUGGUCGUCUUCUCCAUUCUGCCAGUUAUGGGUGUUGGUUCUGCCCCAACGGAGAUCCUCUCUAACAACCAAGGGCUGUGUUUCUUCUCGACCAACCUGUCCAAAGCAUAUCUGCUGGUUUUCCUCAUAGCUCUCUGUUUGCUACCACUGAUUCUAGCCACGCUGAUCAACUUUUUCCUUCUCAAGACGAGCCACAGGCAAAUGAGAGUGAUUCACGAUCAGCAAGCAAACAUAGAGAGUAGGACUGUCGAAAAUAACAGCCUCGAAAUCAGUGCCACGAACACAAACGUAACAUUCUCCACCAACGGUGAAGGUACAUCUAGUCUUGAAGUUCGACACUACAAACGCAAAAUACUUGCAUUAAGACAGAGAAAAGUUGUAAAAAUGGUUAUAAUUUUAGUUGGUUUAUUUAUUAUCCUCGUGCUUCCCAUCACACUGAUUGAUCUUUUCAGUGCUUUUGGAGAGUCUGGUGUACCGCCUUUGGUCGCUAAGAUAGCAGUGUGCAUGAUUGACCACAUUAAAAACGAUCUACCGGUAAUUAAAUGUACAUUGUAACAGUAAAUAAGAAAUCAUGAUAGCGCUAUCAUUUCAUACUGUGAAUAAAGAUGCCAGUAUUUUGUUUGAACUAAUGAUGACUCAUAUUAGAAUGGUAAUCAUAUUCUAAUUAGAACAAUGUGGUUAUACAAAGCCCGAGCGAAAUGAUCGCAUUUCCUGAAUGCUGGAGGGGUCUCUGAAAAAACACUGCUCGCGCGUUUAACGACUGUUGUAACUGCUUUCGUCGACCGGCUGGUGAGGGCUCCUUUAUGACGAACUCUGUUUAGAUUCUUUUAGGUCAUCCUCUUUUUUUUCUCCGUUUAGCGUCGUCCGACCGACCCAAAAUUUUUGGCAUUUCAGAAAAAAAAAAAGUAACCACUUAGUUAAACCAUUUUUCUCUUGAAUAAUUCUUUUAAUCUGAAAAAUCGGAGCAUAGUAACAGAAUAGAGAAAAGCAGGAACAUUUUUUACAGUAUAUUGUGUAUUUUGUUAAUCCAAAUAUGUAAAUGUUGACUUUUUACCGUCGGCCUGGGGUACCAUGGCCUCCUAUUCCGAGACUUCUUAUGAUUUUUUUUAGGUUAUUUUUUUAUCAAUCCGACCGACCGAGCCAAUAUCAGGAAACGCAUUCGAAGCUAAAAGAAAAAAAAGGGGGAUGGCCUUAUCUAGGAAUAGAGUUUUGCAUUCUGUCAAACUAUAGAAUUUUAAAAAUAUGCGGAAAAAAUCAUUUGUCGUCAAUGUUAAAACUAACUUGCUUGUCCAAAAUUGUAGUAAUUAUCUUUCGAAAGUUAAAACUACCUUAUUCGAGGGUCUGAAUGGGGGGGUCCACUUGUCGGUUGUCGGUUAAAAUUCAGUAACUUUGUCGGUAGUCGGUUAAAAUUUUCGAUCUUUGUCGAUAGUCGGUUAAACUUUUCGAUUUUUGUCGGUUGUCGGAAAAUCUCAGUUAAUAAGUAAAAACGCUUGUUAAUUAUUAAUAUUUUUUUAUGUAUUUCACCCACUUUUCAAGACUUUGAUCCCUAAGGAAAUAGUAAAACUUGUAAGAAUGCCUCAUUUGAUUGCAACUAAACAGUUCAUUAACUCUUGUUUGUUUAUGCAACAUGAUCGUUUAUUUCUAUUGUUUGCCAAAUGAAUAUAGUACUGAUAAAAUCACCAAAGAUUUUAUUGUAAAUGCGAACUUGGUUUUCCUGUCGACUACAGGGCACAGUAAAAAGUAAUGAAUGAAUUAAUUAAUUAAUGGACUCUAGCCUUUUGGAUACUUAAAAUUUCAGCUUCACUACGCAACAGACAGAGCACAUAAUGAACCAUUAGGUUUAUUUUGCGUGUUUUGGCCGAGCACCAGAGUACAAUAAGUAAUCUAAUAGACCGUAAACCUAAACCUAAUGGGUCCAAACCUAAAGGUACGCAUAACACGCGUGUAGAGGCACAGGUAACACUUUCCGUCAGGCGGCGUAGAGCAGAAGCCCGCCAGGGACGAGGGAGGUCUGGGGCGCCGAAAAUAAACUCGAAGCGCUAUGACGCCUAAAAAUAAAGGCCUGGAUCUGAAAAGGGAAUUACGGGCCUUCCCUGGAAGAAAUAACCCCUGGAACUAAGGCAAUAAAACCCAGUCGACAACAAACCUAUUCCAAUGCACUCCAUCUCUAGUAGAAACAUUCCAGAAAAUAGCUGACUUCAAUAGGGGAGGAACAAGGGUUCCCGUGAGCGCGGCAGAGCCCAAUGUGUCUGAUGACUCUGACAAUGAGGCAAACCUGUGGGCCAAGCCAGUUGUCGUCCUAGUUCCAAUUUAGAGCGAAGGCAUAAACAGCCUAACAGCCUGGCUGAAAAAAUCGAGAGUUAAGCCUAGGCAACUCGCCGUUGUAGCUACAGGCGAACCUGUCAAUAGUGUAAGGACCUAAGAGGUGAUUUAGCCCUUGAAAAACGGAAUCGUUGAGGCCGUAACCAUCGAAGUCAACGAGUUUGCAGAUACAGUCCGCACUGGCGUUCAGGUCCCUAGGGAUCUACUUGACCUCGAACGAAAUACAAUGAUGGGAGCAAAUUUGAAAAACAACUAGGGCUAAAUCCCGGAGAUCGCGUUUCCUGCUGCUGUCGCAAAGAAUGGAUGGGACGUUAUGGUUGUCAGAAUACCAAAAAACCUUGGACUGAUUAUGUAAAGGGAUCCCGAAGGCUAGUAAGGCAAGACAAACCGCUUUGAGUUCCUCAAAGUCGAUCUACGAACACUUUCCGACCAAUUCUGAUGAAAAAACAGCUCAGGUUCAGACUCCUCUUAAGCGCCGCAGGCUGNCUGCGUGAGGUUGAUGAACGGAGAAACGGAAGUGAGAAAUAACAAUAAUACUUAAUAAUAUUAUUAAAUUUAGUCAAGAGAGAACGAACUCAUUUUCUCAUGAUUUAGUGAUUUUUUUUCUGCUGCAACACAACCGCGACCACAUUAAAAACGAUCUACCGGUAAUUAAAUGUACAUUGUAACAGUAAAUAAGAAAUCAUGAUAGCGCUAUCAUUUCAUACUGUGAAUAAAGAUGCCAGUAUUUUGUUUGAACUAAUGAUGACUCAUAUUAGAAUGGUAAUCAUAUUCUAAUUAGAACAAUGUGGUUAUACAAAGCCCGAGCGAAAUGAUCGCAUUUCCUGAAUGCUGGAGGGGUCUCUGAAAAAACACUGCUCGCGCGUUUAACGACUGUUGUAACUGCUUUCGUCGACCGGCUGGUGAGGGCUCCUUUAUGACGAACUCUGUUUAGAUUCUUUUAGGUCAUCCUCUUUUUUUUCUCCGUUUAGCGUCGUCCGACCGACCCAAAAUUUUUGGCAUUUCAGAAAAAAAAAAAGUAACCACUUAGUUAAACCAUUUUUCUCUUGAAUAAUUCUUUUAAUCUGAAAAAUCGGAGCAUAGUAACAGAAUAGAGAAAAGCAGGAACAUUUUUUACAGUAUAUUGUGUAUUUUGUUAAUCCAAAUAUGUAAAUGUUGACUUUUUACCGUCGGCCUGGGGUACCAUGGCCUCCUAUUCCGAGACUUCUUAUGAUUUUUUUUAGGUUAUUUUUUUAUCAAUCCGACCGACCGAGCCAAUAUCAGGAAACGCAUUCGAAGCUAAAAGAAAAAAAAGGGGGAUGGCCUUAUCUAGGAAUAGAGUUUUGCAUUCUGUCAAACUAUAGAAUUUUAAAAAUAUGCGGAAAAAAUCAUUUGUCGUCAAUGUUAAAACUAACUUGCUUGUCCAAAAUUGUAGUAAUUAUCUUUCGAAAGUUAAAACUACCUUAUUCGAGGGUCUGAAUGGGGGGGUCCACUUGUCGGUUGUCGGUUAAAAUUCAGUAACUUUGUCGGUAGUCGGUUAAAAUUUUCGAUCUUUGUCGAUAGUCGGUUAAACUUUUCGAUUUUUGUCGGUUGUCGGAAAAUCUCAGUUAAUAAGUAAAAACGCUUGUUAAUUAUUAAUAUUUUUUUAUGUAUUUCACCCACUUUUCAAGACUUUGAUCCCUAAGGAAAUAGUAAAACUUGUAAGAAUGCCUCAUUUGAUUGCAACUAAACAGUUCAUUAACUCUUGUUUUUUUAUGCAACAUGAUCGUUUAUUUCCAUUGUUUGCCAAAUGAAUAUAGUACUGAUAAAAUCAUCAAAGAUUUUAUUGUAAAUGCGAACUUGGUUUUCCUGUCGACUACAGGGCACAGUAAAAAGUAAUGAAUGAAUUAAUUAAUUAAUGGACUCUACCCUUUUGGAUACUUAAAUUACUUUUAGUGAAAAACUGCAAGGGGUGACAGGCUGCACAUCUAUCCCUCUUAUGUUUUGGCUCUAACAAGUAUGUCCUUUGCCAUAAUUUUCCUUUCUCAAAGAAAUAGCACUUCAUGUGGUUCUUUUAAAUUUUGGCAAGGUAGUGGUUGAAUUGGUUUUGUAUGAGAUUCCACUUUUUCAUUAAAGCUUCUUUUAUAAUAGACACUAAGGGCUGUAUUGUGCCACGAAAGGCAAUAUUUCUUCUUCUUCCUUGUUGUUUUGCGUCAGGAGAGCUGCCUUCCUUUCUGUGAGUUUUACUUCUAAUAGCAAUUUUUCUCUCAAAAUUGUGUGGCUAGCCUCUGUCCAUCAAGCGCUUUUGAAACCCGAAAUACUUCCUCAGAGUUUGUUCGUAGGAUUUUCAAGGCUUCUCGUUUGUCAAAGAGGCGCUUUAACAACUGGUGGAUGAUAGGAGGUGAAAAUGUAUAUACUUUAAGGUUUCCAUUUGAAAUGCGUCUUUACGUCAAGGAUAGCUUUUUCUCAUUUUUCGCUGAAUGUUCUGCCUUGGUAUACAACCGUUUCUAAAAAGAAUGUCUUAUUUUCAGAUAUUUCGGCCGUGAAUUUCAUAGCAGGGUGAUGUAAGUUUACUUGUUCCGCGAAGAAAGCUACUACGUCUGGCUUACUUAUCAUCCCAUAGGAAAAAAUGUCAUCUACGUAGCGUUUUCAAACAGUUGGUUUAAAGACGGUUUUGCUUAAACUUUGUGUUUCAAUAUAUGCCAUGAAAAAGUUGGAGAGGAAACUGCUGUCUUUGUGCUCAUCGCGGUACCGUGGGUUUGUAAUGAUAGUGCUUUCCAUUAAACGGGAAAAAAUUUUCUUUGAGGAUUAAUCUAAGCAUUUCUCGGACCGAAACAAGAAACGUUCGGUUUUUUCGCCUUUGACUUUUCAAUAACAUUUAUAAAGUCGGUAGCAUCUUUAAGGUAUGUACCUGUAUUAACAAAAAAAAAAAGAAAAUUAUUUCCCUUAGGCCAUCUGAUGAGUCAUAAAUUUAAAGAGGUUACUUCCUAACGGCUAGAAAAAAAAUGGAAAAUGCUCUUUUUUCUGAAAACAAAUAUUGAUAAUAUCAGCCCAUGUCGGUAGUCGGUUAAUAUUUCAGUUUUCCUGCCGGUAGUCGGUAUUUUUUUACUCAUUUUGUCGGUAGUCAGUAAUAUUUUUUGCCCUUUGUCGCUAGUCGGUUAACCCCAUUCACACCCUCUUAUUCGUACUCAUUAAUUUCGCAGUUUUAACGAGAUAUUUCGCGGGGUUUUAUUUUCGAGAUUUCAACAGGUAAACAUGAAAAAAGGGCAUUAUAUUUCUCGAUUUAAGCGUUCUCAACUUAAUUUUCUUUCUUUAAAAAGUUUGGACCUAAAAAAAAUUGAUAUAUGCAAUAUACAAUUAGCAGUAUAAGUCGCGAUCGCGGAUCAUGAAGUGCAGCCACUUGGGCUUUUUGAAUUUCACGCUAAGUUAGGCGUAGGUGGUGAGUAAUAAUUAAAAAUAAUGGCUUCCUUCAUCUUUUCUCUUGCUUUCUUUUCCUUUCACUAAAAUAAAGACAUCAAGGGAUUAAAAGUUACAGGGAAAACAAAGAGUGAUCUUUUUUUUGGUGAUUUUUGAACAACAGAAAAAGUUCAACUCGCAAGAAUGGGCCUAAGUUGCAAUCCAUUUCCAUCCUGGUUUUCAAAGUCAAAGACAUACCCUUAAUAUAUAGCUUAGGUAGAGAGGUAGCAGAGUUAUUUAAAAUAACCAUACACAAUUAUUCAUGGUCUUUCUUUUUCAAGGUAUGCUUUUAGGACUUGAAAGAGGCCAAAUAUUCGUUACGCAGUUCCAUUAAUGUACCCAUUAGGUAAAUAGCCUUGUUAAUUAUUGUCAGCUGAGACCAUUGGUUGCCCUAGGCUAAACUCUUAAACAAUAAAAACAGCUGAAAAAAGCUGUUUUGACGUGAUUUCGGAAAAAUGAUGUAAGGCAUAAAUUCGCUAUAGACUAUAAACUCUGGUCAAGGCGGGGAAAGAUAGUUAAACAAGUCAUAACAAGACAAGAGUCAAUAAUCAUGAAAAACUCUAGUCAAAGCGAGAUUCUUACCUUACAGGGGAGAACAGCAUUUGUUACAUUCAUGGCGUUCAUCUCUGUAGCAGGAGCACUUGCAAAUGCUAUGGUUGUUUUGUCCAUCUUUAUCAAUCAAAACUUAAGGAACAAGACUAACUGGAUUGUUCUCAGCUUGGCCGUUGCUGAUUUUUUGGUCGCAACUGUUGCAAUUCCACUUCGACUGCUAGAGGGAAUAAACACUUCAAGUACUGUGUUAGUUUCUUGCAAUGUCGUCCUCGCGUUUAGUAUUUUAUUCGAUGGCGUUUCACGGCUCAACAUCGUGUUAAUAUCUUUUGAUCGUUUCAUUGGUGUUAGGUUUCCAUUUUUGUACGAUAAACAUGCGUCAAAAAGUGUGAUUUUGAUUCUCAUCGCAGGCUUUUGGAUUGUGAUGGGCGUGUUUGCCAUCUGUCUGUUAAGCGGUGUUGGAUUACGGGAUGGCAAAGAGGAUUUCAAAGAGGAGAACGCGUCGAAAAUCUGUUUGUUGUCGAGUACGCUGUCCAAACCCGCAGUUAUGGCUUUCACCACGGGAUGCUGUUUAUUUCCUCUUCUUAUCGUAAUCCCUGUAAAUUGUUACCUUGUGAAGAAAAGCCACUGGCAUGCAAAGAAAAUUCAAGACAUACACAAAGGCCUACAUGCCAAUUACAGCCAAGACGAGGUCGAAACGAAUUCAAGAAAACAAACCAUAGAUGUGGUUAUUCGACAGAGAAAAAAAGCCAAAAUGGUCGUAGUCCUAGUGUGUUUAUUUGUAGUACUCGUCGUUCCUAUAACCGUUAUCGAUGUUACUGAAACAUUGGGAAACUUGAAAGUUUCUCCAUAUUUGUCCCAAACGGCUGUUGCUAUGAUAUACUUGAACACUGCCGUCAACGUGUUCGUGUACGCAGCGUUCAGCAAGGCUUUUCGAGAAGCAUUUCUCAGAAUAUUUGUUAAGUGUAAAGGGAUUGUAAGAAGAUAGAAGUAAGUUUUUUAAUGGAAACCACAAGUAAAAUCUCAACAAUAAAAUCCGCUUAGUUUAAGUGCCACACAGUAUGUACUGAAAUGGAAACGUGAAAAAAAAAACAAAAAAAACAAAAAAACUGGCCAUUUUUUUUGCAAAGACCUCCUAAUAUUACAAUGCGGUAAAUAUUCGUGACUGAUCAUUUAGNACAUGCCAAUUACAGCCAAGACGAGGUCGAAACGAAUUCAAGAAAACAAACCAUAGAUGUGGUUAUUCGACAGAGAAAAAAAGCCAAAAUGGUCGUAGUCCUAGUGUGUUUAUUUGUAGUACUCGUCGUUCCUAUAACCGUUAUCGAUGUUACUGAAACAUUGGGAAACUUGAAAGUUUCUCCAUAUUUGUCCCAAACGGCUGUUGCUAUGAUAUACUUGAACACUGCCGUCAACGUGUUCGUGUACGCAGCGUUCAGCAAGGCUUUUCGAGAAGCAUUUCUCAGAAUAUUUGUUAAGUGUAAAGGGAUUGUAAGAAGAUAG